GGAGGCGCGCCUGUGCGCGGCACGGGCGUCGCGAACACGCCGCGCGUCCACGAGAAAGGGAGGUGUGGGCCCGGGUGGGGUGGGGGGAGGGCCGGGUGUCGGCGCGCUUAGCGUGCGGGAUCCGGGUGGCUGCGGGCGGCCUGGGCUGCCCGGCCGACGCCUGCUGCGAUAUGGCGAUCCUGGGCGCGGAGGGCUGAGGAGGCGCCGCCGCGGUGGCCGCGGGCCCCGGAGCCGCAGCUUCGCGCGGGGUUGUCUCCUCACCAGACUAUGAGCUCCUUGACAGAAGAAAUCGUAUCUUACUCAUCUUUGUAUCCUCAGUGUCUGGCACAAUUCUUGAAACACAAGUCAAGGUCAAUUUUGGGACAUGGCCACUGCUUCACCAAGGUCUGAUACUAGUGAUAACCACAGUGGGAGGUUACAGUUAAAGGUAACUGUUUCUAGUGCCAAACUAAAAAGAAAAAAGAACUGGUUUGGAACAGCAACGUACACUGAAGUCAUCGUAGAUGGGGAAAUUAAGAAAACAGCAAAAUCCAGUAGUUCUUCUAAUCCAAAAUGGGAUGAGCAGCUGAUUGUAAAUGUGACCCCACAGACCACCUUGGAGUUUCGAAUUUGGAGUCACCACACUUUAAAAGCAGAUGCUCUGUUAGGAAGAGCAACAGUGGACUUGAAACAAGUGCUGUUAACACACAACAGGAAAUUAGAAAAAGUGAAAGAAAUAUUAAAACUUUUUUUGGAAAACAAGAAUGGCAUAGUGCAAACUGGUGAAUUGACAGUUGUGCUUGAUGGAUUAGUGAUUGAGCAAGAAAAUCUGACCAACCACAACUCUUCUCCAACCAUAGACAUCCAGCAGAAUGGUGAUGCCUUACAUGAGAAUGGAGACUCCUCGACAAGGACAACUGCCGGGUUGGCUGUUGAAGGGACUAUUGGACUAGAUAAUCAUGUACCAACAAACACUGUUGUUUCCAGCUCAUGCUGUUCACACGUAGUUAAUGGAGAAAACACACCUUCAUCCCCGUCUCAGGUUGCUGCCAGACCCAAAAAUACUCCAGCUCCAAAACCACUCACAUCUGAGCCCACCAGUGAUACAGUUAAUGGAGAAUCAUCUUCAUCUGUCGUAGCUGAUAAUACUUCCACCAUGGGUACUCCACUACUGUCUGAAGAAACCACCUCAACUUCCCAUUGCACUAGCACCACCAUUCAGGAGCCUCCUGUCCAAGGACCCCCGGCAUCCUCAGAACACAGUGAAUGUAUUCCCUCUACCAGUGCCGAAAUGGGACCAGAAGCUCAGAGCCUCAUAGACCCUGAUUCUGAUUCCAGAAAUGAUUCUGUUUUUGACAAAUUAAGGCAGCCAGAAGGGUUUGCGGAACCUCUGAGGCCACGGUCUAGAAAUGCGAAUAAUGAAUCUUUGCCAUCAGGCUGGGAACAGAGAAAAGAUCCUCAUGGUAGAACCUAUUAUGUGGAUCAUAAUACUAGAACUACCACAUGGGAGAGACCACAGCCUUUGCCUCCAGGUUGGGAAAGAAGAGUUGAUGACCGUGGAAGAGUAUAUUAUGUGGAUCAUAACACCAGAACAACAACCUGGCAGCGGCCAACCAUGGAAUCUGUUCGAAAUUUUGAACAGUGGCAAUCUCAGCGGAAUCAAUUGCAGGGAGCUAUGCAACAAUUCAACCAACGAUACCUCUAUUCGGCUUCAAUGUUAGCUGCAGAAAAUGAUCCAUAUGGACCUUUACCUCCAGGCUGGGAAAAAAGAGUGGAUUCAACAGACAGAGUUUACUUUGUGAAUCAUAAUACAAAAACUACCCAAUGGGAAGACCCAAGAACUCAAGGCUUACCAAAUGAAGAGCCCCUGCCAGAAGGCUGGGAGAUCAGGUAUACUCGAGAAGGUGUUAGGUACUUUGUGGAUCAUAACACAAGAACAACAACAUUCAAAGAUCCUCGCAAUGGGAAGUCGUCUGUAGCUAAAGGUGGUCCACAGAUUGCUUAUGAACGCAGCUUUAGGUGGAAGCUUGCUCAUUUCCGUUACUUGUGCCAGUCUAAUGCACUGCCUAGUCACGUAAAGAUCAAUGUGUCCCGCCAGACUUUAUUCGAAGAUUCCUUCCAACAGAUUAUGGCAUUGAAACCGUAUGACUUAAGGAGGCGAUUAUAUGUAAUAUUUAGAGGAGAAGAAGGCCUUGAUUAUGGUGGUCUUGCAAGAGAAUGGUUUUUCUUGCUUUCCCAUGAAGUUUUGAACCCAAUGUAUUGCUUAUUUGAGUAUGCAGGCAAGAAUAACUAUUGUUUACAGAUAAAUCCAGCAUCAACCAUAAAUCCUGAUCAUCUUUCAUACUUCUGUUUUAUUGGUCGCUUUAUUGCAAUGGCACUAUUCCAUGGGAAGUUUAUUGAUACUGGUUUCUCUUUACCAUUCUACAAACGUAUGCUAAGUAAAAAACUCACUAUUAAGGAUUUGGAAUCUAUUGAUACUGAAUUUUAUAACUCCCUUAUCUGGAUAAGAGACAACAACAUUGAAGAAUGUGGCUUAGAAAUGUAUUUUUCUGUCGACAUGGAGAUUCUGGGAAAAGUUACUUCACAUGACCUGAAGUUGGGAGGUUCCAAUAUCCUGGUGACUGAAGAAAACAAAGAUGAAUAUAUUGGUUUAAUGACAGAAUGGCGUUUUUCUCGAGGAGUUCAAGAACAGACCAAAGCUUUCCUUGAUGGAUUUAAUGAAGUUGUUCCCCUGCAGUGGCUACAAUACUUUGAUGAAAAAGAAUUGGAGGUUAUGCUGUGUGGCAUGCAAGAGGUUGACUUGGCAGACUGGCAGAGAAACACUGUGUACCGACAUUAUACAAGAAACAGCAAGCAAAUUAUUUGGUUUUGGCAGUUUGUGAAAGAGACUGACAAUGAAGUAAGAAUGCGACUCUUGCAGUUUGUCACUGGAACCUGCCGAUUACCUCUAGGAGGAUUUGCUGAGCUCAUGGGAAGUAAUGGGCCUCAAAAGUUUUGUAUUGAAAAAGUUGGCAAAGAUACCUGGUUACCAAGAAGUCAUACAUGUUUUAAUCGCUUGGAUCUACCACCAUAUAAGAGUUAUGAACAACUAAAGGAAAAACUUCUUUUUGCAAUAGAAGAGACAGAGGGAUUUGGACAAGAAUGAAUGUGGCUUCUUGUCUUGGAGGAGCUCUUGCAUUAAAUACCCCAGCUGAGAAAAAUUGCACAGAUAGUGUAUAUAAGCUGUUCAUUCUGUACAGUUAAUUUUCUGAAUCUUUCAAAGUGUGUUUUCCAUUCUUCCACAGAAAUAUGCAAAACAUUUCAUCAUUUUCUACUUUAUUUAUUGUUCCCUUGAAAUGACUGACCAGGAAAAGAUCAUCCUUAAAUUUUUGAAGCAAGCAAGAGAAUUUAUUAAGAAGUAUAUAUCUAUAUAAGCAUAUGACAGUGGCUCUAGUUUUAUAGAGCGCCGGGUGUAUUAAACAUGGCAACCGUUCAUUCAUAAAGCUCUGAAUUUGCUUUGCUAUGUUUCUGUUAUCCAGGGGAAAAGUGCAAAUGUUCCAUGUUCUUCUUCCAAGGUGAUAUCUGAUUGUGUUUACUUGCAUGACUGUUCAGGAAGGUAUUUAGGACUAGGCCAACUCUUACUUUAAGUGUAUUUUAAAAUGCUGCUGGCUUUUUUGAAGACUAUACUUCAAUGUACUGAGUUCGAAAUGAACAGAUAAAAAAAUCCAUCAUUAUAUCAGUAAACACAGAAGUCAUGUAAUAGAUUCAGUAGUGUCUAAGAGCAGCUAGAAUUGAUUUGCCAAGCAGCAGAGGUCCAUUUACAUGUUACUUUGGGAUGCUGGGUAUUUGUGGAAUUUCAGAGAAUGAGGCAUUUCUGUACUUAACUUGUAAUGUGCUUCAAAUUUAAUUAAUAAUAAAUUGAUAGUUAUUACUUAGGAAUAUAUAAAAGGUACUGAACUUUGAUGCUUUUGUGCUCAAGGUUUAGUUUAAAGAAAUUAGAGAUGUAAUUGAAUGGAUCAAAAAGUUACGUGAGUAUUUAAACACUCAUACUGAGAACUAUUACUGUUUGAAUAUCCCCUUUUCCUUUAAAAUUCAUAAAAAUUGUUUCUAAAUUUAGUAGGUACUUUAAAACAUCCCUUGUGCUCCCCACCCCCAAUUUUAUAUAGUUCAAGUUUUCUCCAAAUAACACUGAUUUUCAUUAUAAGGGCAUUCAUGGUGUAUGAAAAAAAGUUAAAAUCUAAUGUGAAUUAUAUUGCUACUUUUAGCAACUGGGCUUCCUGAUUAAUAUAAAAAUUUUCCAUUUUUAUCCUUUCACUAUGCACUGCAAAGUUCAUUAACUUAAAAUUUUGUAACUAUGAAAUUCACUUAGAAUUACAACUUCUACUCACUAGUUUAGUUUUGCCAAGAUUUUAUUUUUCUACAUAUUUAGAUUAUGUUCUUCAGUUUUAUUCAAAAUUCAAAAAGAAAAAAAUAAAAACAGUAAUUCACUUAGUUGAAUAAACUACAGAAAAUCUGGUUAUUUUCAAGCUUAAAGAAUUUUUUAAUUCUAAUAUAUGGCAAGUUAUAUAGUAGAGGAUGACCAGUCUUCAAAAGUACUGCAUAAAUUAUUCUGUAACAUAAUAAACUUGCUAUGAUUGAAAGUAUUGGCUUUCUUUCAGUGGAGGUAUUUGAGACUAUUCAUUUUGCAGAUGUGGUUCAAGAUGGUGUUCAGGGAAGUCAUGUUUCCUGCACUGCAGUAUUCUGAGUAAACUGAUGCCAAACAAAUAUAGUUUAUUAUAGGCUCAUGAAUCUUAACAUUUAAUUAAACAUUAACAUGAUCUAGUAAACACUGGAGAAGCCAAAUAGAUCAUUUGUUGAAACAUGAAAUAAAAGUUCUCCUGUAACAUACCCUACUUCUUAAUCUAUUGAACAUAGAAAUCAAGUUUAAAGUCAACUGGGAAUUUGAAAUAAAUCUAAAAGUGCUAAUUCCUAAAUUCUAAAUGCUCCAAAAUUCAACCAAGGAAAUGCAAUUAAAAUGAUGAUAGUAUUUCCUUUAAAGUACUAAUUCUAUGUCUUUCUUGUGAACAUCCUCUUGGUCCUUGUGUUUUGUUUUCAUUAUGCCUUUUUUUUUUUUUUUUUUUUUUUAGAUUUUUUUGAGACAGGGUUUCUCCGUAGCUUUUUGGUUCCUGUCCUGGAACUAGCUCUUGUAGACCAGGCUGGCCUCGAACUCCCAGAGAUCCGCCUGCCUCUGCCUCCCGAGUGCUGGGAUUGAAGGUGUGCGCCACCACCGCCUGGCCUUCAUUAUGCCUUUCUAAGAUGAGACAAAUUGAAAAACUAUUUUGUAGCAUCCAUUGCCUGUUGAUGGUCCACUGAAUAUUUUGUCAUCAAGAAGUGAAAACAGGUUUGCUGCCAAAUAAGAGAGAAAAGGGGACAACCAAAUAACCAAACAGACCCCCAGCUUUCCCCUGGUGUGGUUAGAGGCCUAGGCUCCCCUACCCACUGUACUAUCAAUAAACAAAUUCAAAUUCAGGUUUCAUACAAUCCUCAAAGGGAGGAGACACUUAAGGAGAGGAAAUCACCCAUUGCCUGUGUCUGUAGUAUAUUUGGCAUAUAGAAUACUACAAACUAUAUGUGCAUAGGGAUAUUAACCUUUUUAAACAAAGUGAGGUCUAGAAUGCACACAGAAAUAGUCAGAUGGAAGUUCUACAGGAAGGAGAAAUAAUGGCAUUAAAGGGUGCAUUCUCUGAGUAGUGGUCUCACCUUUGGGUACACAUCAAGAACCAAGGUGACCUUAUGAAUAGCUCCUGGGAAAACAGCAAUUUCGAAAAUACACAGAAUCUCGUAUCUACCUGGUCAUUUAUCCCAUGAUAAUAUGUAUACAUAAAACCAUAGGUCAUAACAGCUUUAAAUUUUUUAUUAGUGUAUAUUCACUUUACACAAAAUAACAGGUUUAACAUUGUGACAUUUUCAUAUGUGCUCUGACAUGUCCAGCCAGCCAUUACAUCCUUCCUCUUUCCAAGUAAUCUGCCCUCUACUUUGAUGUUGUUUUUUGGUUUGUUUAAUUUGCAUCUACAUGCAGUACCCACCUGAGUUUCUAUUGGUUUAACAAGAUCAUCUUCAGUUCCAUCGUUUUGGCUGCAAAUGAGUUAAUUUCACUUUUUAUGGCUGAAUAAAACUGGUUUGUUAAUAUA